AUGGCUGGUGGUGGAGCGCCAGCUCCCAAACAAGACGAACCUCAACCUCAUCCACCUAAAGAUCAGCUUCCCAACAUUUCCUACUGCAUCACUAGUCCUCCUCCUUGGCCUGAAGCUAUUCUUCUUGGAUUUCAACACUACCUUGUGAUGCUUGGCACAACUGUUCUCAUACCUACUGCUCUUGUUCCUCAGAUGGGAGGUGGAUAUGAAGAGAAGGCUAAGGUGAUCCAGACUAUUCUCUUUGUUGCCGGUAUCAACACAUUGCUACAAACUCUCUUUGGGACUAGAUUGCCAGCUGUAAUUGGUGCAUCCUACACCUUUGUACCGACAACAAUAUCGAUUAUCCUCUCAGGCAGAUUCAGUGAUACCUCAAACCCUAUAGAUCGCUUUGAAAAGAUAAUGCGGGCAACCCAAGGGGCCUUGAUUGUUGCUUCAACCCUGCAGAUGAUUCUUGGUUUCAGUGGCCUCUGGCGUAACGUUGUUAGGUUCUUAAGUCCUAUUUCAGCUGUUCCGCUGGUGGGUCUCGUUGGAUUUGGGCUAUAUGAGUUUGGUUUCCCGGGGGUUGCUAAAUGCAUAGAGAUUGGGCUGCCUGAGCUUCUUCUUCUAGUAUUUGUUUCACAGUACCUGCCUCAUGUGAUCAAAUCAGGGAAAAAUGUGUUUGACCGGUUUGCUGUAAUCUUCGCGGUGGUGAUUGUGUGGAUCUAUGCUCAUCUUCUUACAGUUGGUGGGGCCUACAAUGGUGCAGCACCAACUACACAAACAAGUUGCCGGACUGAUCGUGCUGGCAUCAUAGGUGCUGCCCCAUGGAUUAGAGUUCCAUGGCCUUUUCAGUGGGGUGCCCCUUCGUUUGAUGCUGGAGAAGCUUUUGCAAUGAUGAUGGCUUCCUUUGUUGCUCUAGUUGAGUCAACCGGUGGUUUUAUCGCUGUCUCAAGAUAUGCAAGUGCGACGAUGUUGCCACCUUCUAUUCUCAGCCGCGGUAUUGGCUGGCAGGGAGUCUCGAUUCUGAUAUCAGGGUUGUUUGGUACUGGUGCUGGUUCCUCUGUCUCCAUAGAAAAUGCUGGAUUAUUAGCCUUGACAAGAGUUGGUAGUCGAAGGGUUGUCCAGAUAGCUGCAGGCUUCAUGAUCUUCUUCUCUAUUCUCGGAAAAUUUGGAGCUGUGUUUGCAUCAAUCCCUGCACCCAUAAUUGCUGCUUUAUACUGUCUCUUCUUCGCCUACGUAGGAGCUGGAGGUUUGAGUUUUCUUCAGUUCUGCAACUUGAACAGCUUCAGGACUAAGUUCAUCUUAGGCUUCUCUGUCUUUCUUGGCUUGUCCAUCCCUCAAUACUUUAAUGAGUACACUGCUAUCAAAGGCUAUGGUCCGGUCCACACAGGCGGUCGUUGGUUCAACGAUAUGGUGAAUGUUCCCUUCUCCUCGGAACCUUUUGUUGCGGGCGCCGUUGCCUUCUUCUUGGACAAUACAUUGCACAAGAAAGAAUCGUCGAUAAGGAAAGACCGAGGAAAGCAUUGGUGGGACAAGUUCAGAUCUUUCAAAGGUGAUACAAGAAGUGAAGAAUUCUAUUCUCUUCCUUUCAAUCUCAACAAGUAUUUCCCAUCUGUCUAA